GACGGAAGGGCCGCUAAAAAGUUGAUUAAAGUGCUGCCACAUGAUGGCGGUCCAGUCCUAAACCGAGCCCGGGUCACAGAUGUGGAGUUAGGGAUGAAUUCGAGGUGUGAAAUCCAGCGGAGGCCCGGCGGCGGCGGCGGCGGCAGCGGCUUCAGCAGCAGCGGCGGCGGCUUCAGCGGCAGCCCCGUCACCGGCUCCCCCGCUAUGGGAGCGCAGUCGCGCCGCAGGAAGAUGGCUCCCAGACCGGCGGAUUAUAAACUCCAGAUCAUCAUCAUCGGCUCCCGCGGUGUGGGAAAAACCAGCCUGAUGGAGAGGUUCACUGAUGACACCUUCUGUGAGGCUUGUAAAUCUACCGUGGGUGUGGAUUUUAAAAUCAAAACGGUGGAGCUCAGAGGAAAGAAGAUCAGGUUGCAGAUCUGGGACACCGCUGGUCAGGAGAGAUUCAACAGCAUCACCUCAGCCUAUUACCGAGGCGCUAAGGGCAUCAUCGUGGUGUAUGAUAUCACCAAACAGGAAACCUUUGAAGACCUGCCCAAAUGGAUGAAAAUGAUCGACAAGUACGCAUCAGAGGACGCUGAGCUCCUAUUGGUCGGGAACAAGCUGGACUGUGAGGCCGACCGCGUCAUUGCACGACAGCAGGCCGAGAGGUUUGCCUCACGGAUAUCAGGGAUGCGAUUCUGCGAGGCCAGCGCCAAGGACAACUUCAAUGUGGAUGAGAUCUUUCUCAAGCUAGUGGAUGAUAUUUUGAGCAAGAUGCCUCUGGAAAUGCCCAGUAGAGAACUCUCCAACAGCGUCCUUUCCCUUCAGCCCGAGCCUGAAGUGCCCCCAGAACUGCCGCCUCCUCGCAUGCGCUGCUGCUGAGCCUCAUCUCGGUCCUCCUGCUCCAGAAAAACCCCAUCGUCUCCUAUCAGCCCCUGCACUUCCAGCGACUGACCACCAGGGGGUAGAGUGCCCCUGAAUGCACUGAGGCCUUCCUACCUGCAGGGAGCUGUGGACUCCAGGGCAUGUGCAGUGGGAGGGCAGUUCCAGGAGCAAAAACAUUCAGAAUAAUUCACCACAUUUAGACUUUGUCUCUGUACAAUACCGCUGUAAGGUUUCCAACUACAUGAAAUCCAGACUGACCAACCGACUUCUCCUGCUCUGACCGUCUAGUUGCAUACACACCUACAAAUAGCGCAUCACACACACACACGCAUAUACAUAUAUAAUAUCCCCAGUUCAGUAUAAGGAGGAAAAAAAGAUUUCUCAAGCUUCUUCAGUCUUUUUAAGAACUCUUCAUCUCUGUAGCAUCUCAGUGAUCAAGUGCACGCUCAUGACCUCAAGAGUGUACGUCUUGUAUUGAUUUAAAGCUGGGCCAGUCACGAGCAAGUCAGAUCAGACUUCCCGAUUCAAACAGCUCCUCUUUUCUCCUGAGUGAUUUACCAUCCAGUAAAGAGUUUCGUUUAGGAGUAGCAUGCACGAUCCCUCGCUACACUAGGGUUUUCUGCUUUUUCAGCUACAGCAUUUACAUUUACGUUUACAUUUAUGGCACUUGGCAGAUGCCCUUGUCCAGAACGACUUACAGCAGCAGUCAAACCAAAUGCAAAUAAAUGUAAUUCACUGAAGGAGAAAGGAUAGGUGAACUUUAAUUUGUGAAUUCACAAGCCUCAGUCUUCGGUUGAAAGCAGUCGAAGGCAGCUCUUCAGUGGAAAAAAAAUGGAGGAGCUGCUUAUUAUUAAGGAGCAGUAAAACCAAGCUGCUUUCUUACUGUUGCUUGGUGCACACCUUCAAAACAAUUCCCGUCUCAUCCACUGACAUACACUAGCGCUUUUGUGGUACAGUUCUGGGUUUUUUUUCCACCCUCUCUCUGCCUGCUAGGAUUGUUCUAGCAAAUAUUGCAAAUCUAUAAAUGUACCAGACACCAGAGUUUCCAAUUCUGGUUAUUUUCUGAUAGGGGAUGGUGGUCAGACUUACAGCCUCGGUCUAUCAGUAUUCCUGUUCGUCAUGUUCUUGCACUACAAUCCGCACUCGUAGCUGAGAUUUUCCAGGGCAGGCUGCGUACAGAAAACUCUGAAGCACUAACGCAUGAUAUAGUUCACUACCAGUGCCAUUUCUGCGACUUUUGAAUCAAUAGAAUUACACUAAAUUACAGAGGGUUUGAUAGAGGGUGCUAAAAGAACUGCAACAUUUAUACCUAAAGGGCUACAUGGAAAAAAAACAAGCUGCGUAGAUGACAUUAAAUAGCGACAACAAGAACACAGCCCUUUGUUCCUGACUAAAUGUCACGUAAAUGGAUAUUAGGGGCUGUAUUGUAAAAAGGACUGUUGAAUGAUGAAAUGUAAAUGCUGCACCUCGUUCUGGAGCAUCUUAUUUUGUUGUCACUGCAGAUAUUGCCAUGGGAACACACACAUUUACACAAAUAGCUAUUAUACUCGCGUCACGCCAUGAGUUGGCGGUGUCACGUUGGUCUGCCAAGAUGCUGUGGAUUAUUUGAAUUGAUUGUCUUCAUAACACGGCUCAACAUUUUGGUGUUCUAGUCUUCUAGGCCUCCUGUAAUCACUAAUUAACAAAAGGCACAAUAAUUUAUGAUGAGGACAAAAAUGGAGCUUUUUUUUUUUUUUUUUUUUUUUUUUUUUUUUUGAGUGCUCCUGAUUUGAUUUGAGUGCUCACAAUCAUGCACAGAGAUUUCGAGGUGUUAAUAUGUAUUCACAUUCACAUUCACAUUAAACGAAAUACCCCAUAACUGCAUAAAGAACUAAUGUGGCAGCUUUGGUUCUUAUUCUGAGAAACAGGUGUGUGUUUGUGUACUGAACGUCUAACCCUCGUGUAGCAGUGCAGGAGUUUUCACACAGCUCCAAGCUCAUGUAUUUCAUUUUCAUAUUUAAUAUGAUUUCUAACAACAGCUUUGUAAACUUUUAUAAACCAACCUAAACUUUGCAGUAUUUCUCAUGGUUCCUGACAUUUUUAGGGAAUGUGUACUAACCUGAAGGUUGUUUGCUAUUUUUUUUUUUUUUUUUUGGUGAAAGUGCCAGAUUUGUUGAUGAAGGGCCUUUAUUUAUCACUAAGUGCUUUUUACUUGACUUAUUAUGUGCAUAAUUGUUUUUACUUCUGUUUUCCUUUGUUUGUAUUCUGGAUUCUUGAAAGACGAUGAGUCAGAUUUACUAAGCUUUUGCUAGAAUUGUUUUCUGUCUCUAUUCUCAAGUUCUUUUGCCUGUUUUUUUUUUCCCAAGAGAAAUUAGAAUUGUUGAUUUUCUUUCUUUUCUUGGAUGUUUUAAGUUGAACUCUCCAUUUUUGAAAGCUUUUUAAGUCAAAUUCUCUUCUUUUUUUAUAUGCGUCAGUAUUGCUGCAGAAACACUAGUAAUCACACUUGGUAAAUCUGUCACAUGGUUUUCUCUUGUGUUAUUGAACAUGAACAUGUCAUGGCCCAUAAAAAUUCUUCAUCCCACUGUGAGGGUUUCUUUAGUGAAGUAGCAAUAACUGCUGCCUUUACAAAUGUCCAUUUUGUAUAGAGUAACCUUAUGUUAAUUUUCAUCACCUAUAGGACUAUUUUAGAAUUUAUGAUACAGAACUUAUUAAAAAAAAUUCAAUAAAAAGGGGAAAAAAGUGAAAUGGACCCUCACUUAGAUGUUGAGGUGAGGAAGAGUACUUUGUAAUCUGAGUUUAGGUAUUUGAAACCGUUUGGCAUGUUUAAACAUUUUUGUGAUAUUUAUAACUCGUGGUGUUCUUGAACUAAUGAAGUGCAAAUAAAAAAAAUAUAUUUAUUACCUUUAUGAGAGGUUUUUUUUU